UUUGUUUUAUUAUAAAGAAUUGGUUAUCAUAAUCAUAAUCAGCAACAAUAGCAAUAACAACAAAACAAGAGCAAACCUGAGCCGACAGACAAAGCCGAGCCGCGGGCUCUUGCCUUCGUCGCCCUUCUCGCUCGCGAUCUUCUCUGCGCUGCUAAAACUAACAAACCACCUUCAUCUGUCUCUGGUUCUUGUUUGGGUUAUCAUCCCGCUGAUUCUGCUGUUUAUCUGCUGUAUAUAAAUACCUCUGUCUUCCUCUUCUUCUGCUCUGCUCUACUCUGCUCUGCUAUCAUCUUCUCAACACAAUGACCCUCUCAAACCCAACCACCCUCCGCAUCGGCGUCGUCGGCGCAGGCCGCAUGGGCCGCAUCCACAUCGAAAACCUACUCACCAUGCCCCGCGUCCAAGUAACCGCAGUCUGCACCGUCGUCCCCUCCGAAAUCGCCUGGGCGACAUCCGUACUCACCGCGCCCUCCGCGCUCGUCACCGCCGACUUUGACACCUUCCUCGCGCUUGACUCCGUCGACGCAGUCUUGCUCGUCACGCCGACUGCGUUCCAUAAGGAGCAGGUGCUUAAAGCUCUCGCCGCGGGGAAACACGUUCUCUGCGAAAAACCACUAUGCGGAACCCCCGCGGACGCAUGGGAAGUCUACUCCACCUCGCUCACCUACCCGCACCUCAAAGUCGCAUGCGCCUUCCCCCGCCGCUACGGCGCGCUCUUCGUCGACGCCCGCGCGCGCAUCGCAAACGGCGAGAUCGGCGACAUCAUCAGCAUCCAUUCCCGCACUACCGAUCUCUACCAAAACGACGAGUUUCUAAUAAACUACAUCAAGCACUCUGGCGGCAUCUUUGUCGACUGCAAUAUCCACGACAUUGAUAUCUGUCUCUACCUCCUCGGCCGCGACGCGAAACCCGCGACCGCGUACGCGACAGGCACGGCCGUCGUCUUUCCCCAAUUCGAUCAGUUCGGCGACGUCGACGACGGCAUGGGCCUCGUCUCGUUCGAGGACCGCAAAACAGUCUUCUCGCUCUACGGAUCUAGAGAUAACAGACACGGCCACCACUCCCGCACUGAAAUCAUCGGCACAAAGGGCCGGCUGCUGCUUAACGGCCAGCCUCGCCUCUUGCAGCUCGAUAUCUCGGACGAGAACGGAACCAGGAUGAUUGGUCCAAAGAGCCACAUGGAGGUCUUUGCUCCGGCUUUUAGACUCGAGCUCGAGGGGUUCAGGGACUGGAUCUUGGACGACGUCAAACCGCAUUUUGAUCUCAAGGACGCCGCAAAGGCGGUCUCUAUUGGGUUUGCGUUGAUGGAAAGCUUGCGGGAGAACAAGGUGGCUCAGUCAUAAAAGUGAUUUUAAUAUGAUACAUUAUUAUACAAACACCAUCACCAUAUACAACAGAAUAA